AUGGGGCAGCAGACAUCACAGCCGAAAAUUACACCGCAGGACCGUGCUAUCUACCAGCUCAAGCGGCAACGAGAUGCGUUGAAACAGUACCAGAAAAAGCUCACGGUGACCAUAGAACGCGAAACGGAAUUGGCCCGCCAGGCGCUCCGAGACGGAAAACCCGAUAAGGCCAAGUUCUACUUGCGGCUGAAAAAGCGCCAGCAAAGUGUCAUUGAAUCAACAUAUGAUCAGCUCGGAAACCUAGAAGGGCUUAUCGGUACGAUCGAGUUCAAGUUGAUCGAGAAGGAUGUGCUCUAUGGGCUUGAGCAGGGUAACCGAGUUUUGAAAACACUCAACAGCGAAAUGAGCGUGGAGAAGAUCGAUCGCGUUUUGGAUGACUUGGAAGAGGAACGGCUCCGUGUGGACGAGGUUUCGGAUAUGCUCGGUCUGGGAUUGAGCAAUCUGGAAGAGCACGAAGUCGAUGAAGAAAUGGCCCGCUUGGAGCGCGAGAUGGGUGUCGGAGCUCCAGCUUCCGAAGACGUGAAGUUUCCAGACGCUCCAAAGAAUAUUGUGGAGGCAGAAGACAAGCAGGAUACCUCUGAUCCGCAAGCUGAAGAACAGCAGAGUGAACAUCCGAAAGAGGAGCCACUUGCAGCUUGA